AGCGCUACAGGAGUGUCUCUCUUUCUGUCUCCCCGCGAAAUUAGGAGGAAAAAUACGUUGCAUGGGAAAAUCGGCCAACGCGCACGUGCUCGGCGCAGCUCAGUAGCAGAACAGUAGCGACACUGGUUGGAUUGUGUUGUCGCCGUAUAUUUGAAACACACACACGGUGGUAUUGUGAGUAUUCCGUCGCGCAGUUUCCCGUCUACUCCCUGCUCAUUUGUGUACUCUGGAGAUCGUGCCAGCGUUCCAGCGUUCAUUUUGAGUUGCACAACCAGCAGCUUGGGUGAGAUAUCCUACCAGACAGAUCCCCCACAACAACCAGCCCCUAACUUUCCCUAACCCCCGCACCAUCACACAAAUAUGUCUGACACGGAAGCGGACGCGCACGCUAGCACAAAUGGCAACGCCGGCACGAACGGUACGGCUCCAGCCGCCACCCCGCUGCUACCCUCACAGAAAGUCCUCGAGGAGGAGGAAGCGGAACGCUUGGCAGAGGAGGAGCGCAAGCGCAACCGGGAGCCACCGAUCAUCUUUACCGAUGUCGACUCAAAACUAGAGCUGGAGCGGCUGGUCGACUUUGUCGACGGGAAGCUAUCGGAGGACGAGCAGGAGGCGGUCGAUCAGCUGCACCAGUACCUGCUGCUCGGAGAGGGCGCCUGGACGUUCGGCGACUGCUUCCUGGUGUUUGUCGGCCGCAUUUUCCGGGACCAGCAGUGUUUCUCGACCGAUGUGCGUGUGCAUCUGCUGCGGGCGCUGGCGAAUUGCGCGCUGAAGGAGGACAUCAUUCUGCUGCUCCACCAGGACCGCAAGGAGCACGUGCUGAUGAACUUUGCGCAGGACAUUGAUCGGCAUCCGCCGGAGGAGCAGCAAUCGAUCGCAUUAUUUAUGUGCAACCUGUUUGAGAAUAACAACGCAUCGGAGUGGCUGCUGUACAUCUCCGAGUGGAGCUACAAUGGGCUAACCACGUCCAACAUCCGGGCGACGACCAAGGUAGCGGUCCACUGUCUGCUGGCCACCUGCCCUCGGUUGCAGGAUAUCGGGACCGCACUGGUGCAUAACAUCGCCUGCAAGGAGGUGAAAACGGUCGUGUUCGAUGACGUCGCGGUCGAGAUCUCCAUGGCGCUUCUGCAGUUCUUCAACAGCUCGCCAACCGAGGAGCAUCUCUUCCGCACGAUGAAAGCGCUCGCUAAAUUUGUGCAGGUGUCCCCAGAUGUGCCACAGUUUGUGCAGAUGAUUGGACCUCAUCCAAAGAACUUCAAGGGCAAAAGCGAACGGGUCGACGCCCUGAUCGAGCAGAUCAGCAAAAAGAUACGCUAACUACCUUCCCACUGCUUACUUUUGUUUGUUCCUCAAAUACACCAACCGACUCUUGUCCUUGGUUUUCUGCAGGAUGUCCUUAAGAUGAUGCAAUUAGUGCGCGUUGUGGUUCGGUGUGGUUUCCUCUCUGUCUCACUGUGUCUCUAGAUAUCUUUCUCUUUCGCUUUCUCCCUCUUUCUUCGCUUUUAUCUCCAACUCAAGACACAAUGCAUUAGCAGGAGCUCGUGAAUUCAACGUAAGUAGAAAAGGACUAGACAUACAACUAGAACAGAACCAGCCGUCGAAACCCCUGUAGAAAGUUGCAGUUCAAAACACACACAACACACACACACACACACACACAAUGCAUAAAUUUUACAUAACCUAUACUACUGCUACCACUACUACUUAUGAUAAAUACAAACAAGGAUAUGGCGUAAA